AACACACGGUUGGCGGCUAAAAUUAUUAAAUUUAGGGAAGAAAAAGACGGAAAAGUUUUAUAAUUAAAAAAAAAAAUAUAGCAGUAGUAAACACGCGUGGUGCUGACUGCUGGAUUUGGCACAAAGAAAAUUAUAAUAUUAAUUAAAUAACAACCACACACACCUACAAUAAAAAAGCGGAUAAAUAUUUAUCGUGUUAUAAAAAAACGCAAUAAAUCCAAAUUAAUAAAACACUUGCAAGCUUCCAAUUGCAGCCGCCUUACACACGUCUAAAUAAAUUUUGUAUUAAUUAAAUAAAUUUCUCGUCAACAUGUUGGAUAAAGCUACUGAACAAAGAAAAGCGCUGGCGCUGAAAUUUUUCGAAAUCAAUGCCUUUAAAUUCGGUGAUUUCAAAAUGAAAGUGGGCAUCAACUCGCCGGUAUAUUUUGAUUUGCGUGUCAUUGUCAGUUAUCCAGAAGUGAUGCAAACCGUAUCCAAUUUAAUCAUGGACUACAUCAAGGAACACAAUUUAAGCGCCAAACAUGUCUGCGGCGUACCCUAUACCGCUUUGCCUUUGGCCACUUUGGUGUCCGCACAACAAAACAUACCCAUGUUGGUGAGACGUAAAGAGGCCAAAGCCUAUGGCACCAAGAAAUUGAUUGAGGGCAUCUACAGUGCCGGUGACACGUGUCUUAUUAUUGAGGAUAUCGUCACUUCCGGUUCCAGUGUUUUGGAUACCGUCAAAGAUUUGGCUAGUGAGGGUAUUGUGGUAAACGAUGCCGUUGUUGUGGUCGAUCGUGAACAGGGUGGCUCUAAGAAUAUUGCCGAUAAGGGUGUACGCAUGCAUUCUCUGUUUUCAUUGUCUUUCCUGCUCAAUACUCUGUUGGAAGCUGGCAAAAUUGAUCGCACCACUGUGGAUUCAGUGGCCAAGUAUGUUGCCUCGGUGCAAAUCGAUGGUGAUGGCAAAUUUAUGAAUAACUCAACUGGAAUUGUUAAUGACUUUGUACGCACAAAAAUCUCUUUCGAAAGUCGUGCUAGUUUGGCCAAAUGUGAGCUGGCCAAACAAUUGUUCAAUUUGAUGGUUAGCAAAAAAACCAAUCUCUGUUUGGCUGCCGAUCUCACUAAGUGUCAAGAUGUUUUGGAUGCUGCCGACAAAUGUGGUCCCUACAUCUGUGUUUUGAAGACCCACGUUGAUAUUUUGGAAGAUUUCAAUGAUCAAUUUGUCAGUGAUUUACAGGCCUUGGCCAAGAGACACAAUUUCCUGUUGAUGGAGGAUCGUAAAUUUGCCGAUAUCGGCAAUACAGUGUCUUUGCAAUAUGGCAAGGGUCUAUAUAAGAUUUCUAGCUGGGCUGAUUUGGUAACAGCUCAUACCUUGUCGGGCAGAAGUAUAUUGCAAGGUUUGAAGGCAGCCCUUAAAGGAGACACCUCCAAACCUCGUGGUGUUUUCCUUUUGGGUGAAAUGUCAGCCACUGGCAAUUUGAUUGAUGAUAAAUACAAGGAGGCCUCUAACAAAAUCGCUACUGAGGGUGCCGAUGUUGAUUUUGUAGCCGGUAUGGUGUGUCAGUCUUCCAGCUGUUUUGCCUUCCCCGGUUUAGUGCAAUUGACACCCGGUUGCAAGAUCGAUGAGUCUGCCGAUCAAUUGGGUCAGCAAUACAACACCCCCGAACAUGUGAUUAAGGAGAAGGGUGCCGAUGUGGCUGUGGUGGGCCGUGGCAUUUUGGAGGCCAAGUGCAUGGAAAAGGCAGCUGCCUUGUAUCGUGAUCGUUUGUGGGCUGCCUACACUGAUCGUGUAGCUAAAUAAUAAUUUAAGUUUAAUGCAAUGAAUUCUUUUUUCUUUUUUUAAUUUAAUUUUUGUUUAAACAUAUCUAAAGAAGCUGCGUUAUAAGCAUUUAAUGUAAAUUUAUUACCACACACACAAAAAUUGUACCUUAAUGCACAAUAUAUUAACUUACGAUUUAAAUUGUAACAAUUCUUAUAAAACAACUUCCAAUUUAAUUAUAAUAACAAUAAUAAAAUACAUACAAACUACUGUAAACAAUAUACAUAACAUAA